AUGACUAGCGACACACCAAAUUUCGAUGAUCCGCGUAUUUCCUUUGAUAAAGCAAAACAGAAUUGGGUUUUGGAGGGCGAUGAUGGCAGCGAGAUGGAGUGGGAUGUUAAAUUUCAACGAUUCGUUUCUGUGGCUGAUUUAGACCAAUUAUCUGCUCAACAGGCUGCUUACGGUGUUAGUGGCGUUGACGAGAGCACUCCGGCAGACGUCGUAGCCAGACGACACGAGAAGAAGCGCAAGGAUUUCACAUCGAACAAGCCCAACGAUAGUAACGCCAAAAGAGAUAAACCUCCUCCACCAAAAACUGCUGUCUUCGUCACUGGCCUCCCUCCUGACGUCACCGUCGAUGAAAUUGCAGACGUCUUCUCCAAGUACGGCGUUCUCCUCACCAACGACGAUGGCAGCCCGAAAGUAAAGCUUUAUACAGACGAUCUUGGUAAUUUCAAAGGUGAGGCUUUGGUGGUGUAUUAUAAGCAGGACAGCGUUAGUCUUGCCGUGCAACUACUCGACGAUACCGAGCUUAGGUAUGGCGAUGGCAGUGCUAUUAGAGUCUCUGUCGCAGAUUUCAAGCCUGAGGCUAGUGAUCACACCAAUAGCAAGCACACCACACAGAAACCCGCUAAACCUCUCACUGAAGAAGAAAAAAGGAGGAAACAGACAAAGUUCAGGAAAUUGGAUGAGAAACUUAACGAUUGGGAUAGCGAAGAUGAGUCUGGCCUGGCUGAUCGGUUGCCCUCGAAUACUACCUCAAGAGUCGUCGUACUGAGGCAUAUGUUUACUCCCGGUGAACUGAAAGAGGAUCCAACGCUGUUGCUCGAUUUGAAGCAAGAUGUACGCGAAGACGCCGAGCAAAUUGGAAAGGUGACAAGCGUGGUGCUUUACGAUGCUGAGCCAGAUGGAAUCAUGACUGUCAAGUUCUCAGAUCAUAUCGCAGCACAGGCGUGUGUGUUGAAAUACGAAGGUAGAUACUUUGCAGGCAGGAGAGUGGUCAGCUACCUCUACGAUGGCAAGGAGACGUUUAAAACCACUGAAAGCACCAACAAAUACACUGAGACAGCUGAACAAGACGAGCAACACAGGUUGAAUGACUUUGUCAUGAUGGAAUCGAUGGACGCCGACGAGACGUCUUUAUUCCCAAGUGAAGAUGAGUUAGAGAUGGAGAGUAUUGAGAUGGCCGUGUUACCGCAGCCAACAGCACAAGCGCCAUCUGCGCCAUCUGCGCCAUCUCCACCAACUUCAACGCGACCUGUUCAACCUGGCGGCGUAAUAUACCAGCAGAAAUCAAGCGAUAAGCUGAGAGGAUUGUUUCAUACUGGGUCCACACCAACAAGCACGGCGAUCAGGAAAAAGUCCGAGAAGCGCCUCCUCUCUAUCGAUAACAACAGCAACAAGAAAUUUAAGAGAAAGAGGAGAGACGGGUUUAGUGGUGGCUUUUCUGCCACUUCUGGCACAUCAGCCAACUCUCCCACUUCAAUUAACACGUCUGACGACUUUGUCACCCGCUCGCGCAAGUCGCUCAGAGAAUCGCCAUCGCCGUCGCCGUCGCCGUCGCAGCUUUCUAAACGUUCUCGGACGCAGCCUCGUGAGACGGAGAAUAAGAGCGACAAUACACGGCCAUUGAUACACGCGAUGCACGCGUCGGAAAGGAAAAAUCUCGCUACUCCCGUUCACCCCAUCAACCCUAUCAACCCCACUAUGAGCUCUGCCGACAGCUCGCAUGAGUCGCUGCUGCCAAAGAAAUCCCCUCUCCCUCCUAUCAAGAAAGGAUCAUUACCUAGCUUCAGAGGCGUGCGCGACUUCAGACCUGACACCGCCAAUAACCACUCCACACCGCAGAAGGUGAGCAAGAGCGAGCAGGAGAAGGAGAGAGAGAAAGAGAAACCCAAACUAAUCAAUAAUAUGCGACAGACUGAAGUUAAGUUGCAAAAAUCACAACGACGGCCGCAACCAAAAUCAAAACCACAACUGCAACCACACCCGCAACCUCACAAUGUGGAUGAAGAGAUAAAGAUGAGCAGAGAUUUCACCAGAGAUUUGGGCAGAAACUUGAGCAGAAAUUUGAGCAAGACGUUGAGUAGAGACUUGGGCAAAAACUUAAACAGCAACAUUAUAGAAUUAUCCUCUGAUAGCGAAAAUGAGGUGGAGGCCACUACAAAAGCCAUCCCAUCUAGCUCUUCGUCUUGCUCUCCACCGACGUCUAUACCUGAGCGUUCUUCGACCGGGCAUAGAAAGAAGACACGCAAAUACUCUCCACCUGAAACGAAACCUGUUCUCCCACCAAACUACAUGGAGAAGCCCAUGUUGGAGGAGUGUAUGCAGAGUAUGCAAGGUACGAACAACAGGAAAACGUGCGACUCAAUACACGCCAACACUAAUACCAAUACACUCCAAAAUGGUCGCAACAGAAUAUGUAAAGAUAUCAAACCAUUCAAGCAAUUCAAGCAGCCGUUCAAUGAGCGGAUGAUCACCGAUAGAGUCAAUGAUGAGACGAUCGAAGCGAUGCUACAGAUAACGGAGGAUGAACACAGUUUCCACGACCCCAAUGCAUCGUUUGAGCAGCGAAAACGCGCUCAGCUGGUGACACUUGAGCGAGAAUCACGCGUAAACACAACCCAAGUCAUUGAAGGCCCUGCAAAAAAACCAGCUACAAUUGAACAAAUCAUCAAACCCGUUUUCAUCAAUAUGCCACGUGAGCAGCGGGAGGCAUACAAAAGAUAUGACGAUAAGCAGUAUAGUCAGGAAGAAAUAGAUAAAGCGUCGGAGCUUGAAGCGUGGAAAUUAGCCGAGAAACCUGAUAAAUUUGUUGGGUUGAAGUUUGUCGGUAGCUUAAGAAGGCAUCCUAGAACAGGAGAGGUUUUGAACAGCAAAUCCCUCGAGCAUACAUUCCUCGCUCAUAUAGAGCAGGCUGAGACACUUAUGGAUAACAGAAACACAUUCUCAAUUCGUAAUGAUGUUGACAGCGAUCCUUGUCCGCCUGUCGAGUUUAUCUACAACAACAAACCAUGUUAUGGCAGCGGUGUGCCCAAGAACAACGAAAAAGGUCAACGGCGGUGUGGAUGCAAUGGUAAAUGCGAUCCGUCGACAUGUGAAUGUUUCCAGCGCCAGAAGUACAUCUUUGAAGGCUUCUGCGAUCGUUAUUGUGCAUACGACGAUGACGGACUGCUAAAUACAAGAGACUUGCCGAUAUUCGAAUGCAAUGAGCUUUGCGGGUGUGACGAUAGCUGUCAGAAUAAAGUCACUAGUAAACCGACCAACUUCAACUUGGAAAUAUUCAAGAAGGAGAAGAUGGGAUGGGGUGUGCGGACUCGAAGAAAGAUACAGAAAGGACAGUUUAUUGCUGUGUACUCUGGAGAAUAUAUCACAAACGAUAUGGCUAUACAUAGAUCAGAUAUAUAUGAUAAGGUCAACCGGAAAUACGAUUUUGAUAUCGAUUUUUACCAUCUGCGGAAUAAAAAAAUGUAUGCUAAGGCAACGCAAUGCAACAAGAAGCGGUUUGAGAAACUGAGUGAAGAUAGUGGCGAUGUACUUGGUAAUACAAGUACAGGUACUGCCAACGAAGCUGGCAGACCACUUCAGUCGCUCAUCAGCCCGCAGAAGGAACUGCAACAGUACCGUGAUAUUGACUUUGAUUUACAAUCCUAUUACACCAUUGAUGCCUUUUUCAUCGGAAAUUUCACCCGAUUUAUCAACCAUUGUUGCAAGCCUAAUUUAAUUGUGCAGCCCGUCUACACUGUGCAAACCUCGGUCGAUCUUCCUUUCUUGGGAUUCUAUGCCUUGCGGGAUAUCAGAGAAAACGAGGAGCUGUCUAUAUCAUACAUGGGUGUCGACAGCGACGAAGAGGAUGUUGAGCAAGCACUCAGCAGGAAAAAGAAGAAGACAAAGAUAAGGUCAAAGAAGGCAAAGAGAGUCCUAGACGAUGAUGACAGUAUCUUAGAGGAAGCCGUACCAGAAUGUUUCUGUGGGGCACCGAACUGUCGUGGUAAACUGUUCAACACGCAAAAUAAUGUAGUCGAUAAGUAG